CUUGUUUGCAGCCACUGUGCCAUACGCUAUUGAAGAACCAAGUCUCUUAGCUCGUGAGCAGCCCUUGUGUAUCUCACAAACACGGAUCUCCUCAUUCUGUAGUUCGUCAAAAAAAUGGGCAUGCCAGAGGACAACAUUCAGUCGUGGCAAGCGCUGCAACUCAGCAGGGCAAAGUUGAAGGCUUCCAGAGGAACGUCGGCACUGCUGUCUGGUUUCGCAAUGGUGGCCCUGGUAGAGAUGCAGCUGAGCAAGGCCAUCCCCCCGGAGCUGCUGAUAGUUUUCAGCGUGUGCACCACACUGCUGGUGUCGGUGUACAUGUUGGCGCUUAUGAUCUCGACCUGCAUCCUGCCGCAUUUGGAUGCCGCAGCCUGCUUGGACGGCACCGGCACCGCCUCCAAGUCGCCCCACGAGAAGAUGCGGCUCUACAUCGAGACGGCCUGGGCAGUCUCCACUGUAUUUGGCCUCUUGCUCUUCAUGUCAGAGAUCGCUAUUAUAUCCUGGAUUGUGUUUUACAGCUAUAGCCCGGAGGCUGCACUUGCUGUGACCAUCAUCCUCAUACCGGUCGCGAUUGUGUUCUUAGUAUUUGCCGUGCAUUUCUACCGACAGCUCGUCACGCACAAAUACGAGCAGUCGGUGAUGUGCAUCAGCGAGCUUGAGAGCAUGGCCAACCAACUACAAGAUGGCGGUGUGGCUGGUUCCGACCACGAAGCACUUCAUCGAAAUGUCUGAGUUCAGCGCUGCCUCAUGGAUGGUGUUUGUUUUUCUGCAACUUCCUAUGCAAAUGACGUUAUUAGCUACUGUAACUUACUGCCGCACUCGCUGCUAAUCACUAAUGGCGAGUUAUUUUUUUUUCGAAUACAGGCAUGACUUCGUUUUGUUUGACAGAGAAUUGCGCUUUAUGAGAUAACUUCGACCGUUUGUAGUUUCUAUUUAUUAUUCAGCAACACUGGAUGAGUGCCGAGUUCCCAGAAUUUCGGGAAGCACUGGCGGCUUUGUAGUUUAUCUCUGCACCAUGUCUAUUCAUAUCUAGCCCGACUAGUAGGUGUUUUUAUUGAAAAGGAUUAGAUAAAGAAAACUAGCAUGUUUUAUGCCUUGCGACAAUAAACACCAUAACAUAUCAUGUGAUCGACCUCAAUAAAUGCACAAGGCCCGUGUUAGUUUCUGAGCUG